GAACAAGAUGGAGCUGUCUGCAGUGGGAGAGCGGGUGUUUGCGGCCGAAUCCAUCAUCAAGCGGCGGAUCCGAAAGGGACGCAUCGAAUACCUGGUGAAAUGGAAAGGUUGGGCCAUCAAGUACAGCACUUGGGAACCGGAGGAAAACAUCUUGGACUCCAGGCUGAUCGCAGCUUUCGAGCAGAAGGAGAGGGAGCGGGAACUGUAUGGGCCGAAGAAGAGGGGACCCAAGCCGAAAACUUUCCUGCUGAAGGCCCGUGCCCAGGCCGAGGCCUUGCGCAUCGGCGACGUCCACUUCUCGGUCAAGCCCGGCUCCAGCGCGACGUCCCCUAAGCUGCACUCCAGCGCCGCGGUGCAUCGGCUCAAGAAGGACAUCCGUCGCUGCCACCGUAUGUCGCGCCGCCCUCUGCCCCGGCCGGACCCCCAGAGCAGCGGGGGGCCGGGGGCCGGCCCGGGCAUGAGGCCUCCCAUCUCGCCCUUCUCGGAGACGGUGAGGAUCAUCAACCGCAAGGUGAAGCCGCGGGAGCCCAAGCGCAGCCGCAUCAUCCUCAACCUGAAAGUCAUCGACAAGAGCGCCAAGGGCUCAGCAGGCGGCGGCGGCGGCGCGGGCGGGGGGCCCCUGGCUCGCCCCAAGAUCCCCUCCCGGAACCGAGUCAUCGGCAAGAGCAAGAAGUUCAGCGAGAGCGUCCUGCGCACGCAGCUCCGCCACAUGAAGUUCGGGGCUUUCUCCAUCUACAACAAGCCCCCGGCCGGCCCCGCCGCGCCCCCGCUGCCAGCCGGAAAGCCGGAGGCCGGCUCCUCCCAGGGCUCCGCCCCGCCCCCCCGGGGGCUCAUCCUGGGCGCCGCCCCCUACGACGUCCGCAGCUCGGGCUCCUCAGGGUGCCCCUCGCCGACGCCCCACUCCUCCUCCGACCCCGACGACUCGCCCCCCAAGCUUCUCCCGGAGACCCUGAGCCCGGCGGUCCCCGACUGGCGCGAGUCCGAGGUCCUCGACCUGUCCAUCCCGCCUGAGUCUGCGGCGACCAGCAAGCGGGCGCCCCCUGGCGGCGGGGACGGGGGCCACACGCCCCCGUCAUCCUCGCCCCCCGGCUCCUCUUCCGACCCCGAGCAGGAGGCCGGGGACUGGCGCCCCGAGAUGUCGCCCUGCUCCAACGUGGUAGUCACGGAUGUCACCAGCAACCUUCUGACCGUCACCAUCAAGGAGUUCUGCAACCCGGAGGAUUUUGAGAAGGUGGCUCAGGGAGCCGCGGGGGCGGGGCCGGGGCCGGGGAACGGCGGGGGGAGCAAGUGA